AUGGGCAUAGCUCAUGCCAAGGAGAAGCUCCAGAGAACUCUUUCAGCAAGAUAUGGAUCAGCUGCAGACACUAAUGCUGAGGUUCCGAAAGGCCAUUUUGCUGUUUAUGUUGGAGAAGGCAAGAAGAAGAGAUUUGUGAUUCCAAUAUCAUAUUUGAACCAUCCUUUGUUCCAAGACUUGUUAACCAAGGCUGAGGAAGAGUUUGGAUAUGAUCAUCCUACAGGGGGUCUCACAAUUCCAUGCAGUGAAGACUACUUCCUUAGUGUAACUUCAGUUCUAAAUUGUUCAUAUAGAUGA